AUCCCCAGGCACAGUUCAGUACAAAAUCCAGUCCCUGUGGAUAAGGCUUGCAGGCCAUCCGUACCCAGUUGGUCCAAUCCUAGCUCUGGGGGUGUUUGGGUGGCAAGUCCCACCUAAGGGAUCAAAAUGCGUGCUUUGGUCGCUCCCCUUUCUGUGGGCUCGGUCCCUGUGCUGAAACCCAUCUCAAUUCACAAUUUCACAUCAGUGGGAUGCCCUCCAGACGCUUCCGUCACCUUUCCCUGUCCAUCGGUUCCCUCAGAGACACCUCUCCAGCCAUCUACCAGUUUUCCCACAGUAGAACUUGGGCUGGUGGUAUAAAAGAAAACAGGACAGACCCCUUUGGAUCUUGGAUCCAUCAAAAGAGAGCGCGGCUUAUGCUGUGCCAGUUUGGAUGUGAAAGACCAAUAGGCUAUUCCAUCUAGCUUAGGCUUUUGUUAGAUUUAGCUAUGGGAGAUGAGGAUUUUGAGGAAGAGGAGGUGUGGGCUGCUGUGAGGGAGAGGAAGGAUGAGAGUCCAAAGACUAGAAGAACUAAGGAUUUGACUGGUUGUUCUACUGGGAGGCGCCUUCCAACUCCCUCCAAAAUGAUCCCGAGGUCCAAUGCCAAUCCAGAGAGCAGCGGCGGAGCAUUUAGACGGUCUGCCCCUGUUGCCAUCCCCGACUGGUCCAAGAUCUGCAACCACAAGGGCUCUUCUGAGAGCCAUGGUUCCAGAUUCGAUGGCGACGAAGCUGGCCGUAAUCGCGGCAAAAAUACAGUUGCCGACGACGACGACGACGACGACGACGACGAAGAUGAUGAUGAUGAUAAAGUUCCUCCACAUGAAUGGCUGGCGAAGAAGAUGGCCAGGAGCCAGAUCCCAUCCUUCUCUAUGUGCGAAGGGGCUGGGAGGACCCUCAAAGGAAGAGACCUUAGCAAGGCCUGGCAGCACUGAGAUUUUGUCUGCUGAGUUGUGUCGCUGGUUUUAAGAGAUGAUGGGUAGUGUCUUUUGUACUGUGGCUUUUGGAUGUAACCAUCUGCUCCUCCCUUGUUGGUGGCUGCUGCUGCUGCAGCCGCUGCCAAGGGGGAGUGCAAGGUAUGUGUUCUUUUUUGCCAUGAAUCAAUGGAUUGCUUUCUGUUCUUUGUUUUACUUUGUUU